AUGUCAGACGCUUCUACCGACCCCACAUCGUUGGUCGCGCCGUUGUACCCCCCGUUGGAAACAUUCAUCGACCGCCAGAAUCCUCAGCCAAUUUCUCUCAACCUGGCAUUCAACCGGUUCCGAUGGCCUGCCUUUGCUCCUCUCCAUGAGAUCAAAGUUCUUCGCGACCCAUCGAAUGCGGAAUCGGUGCAGGACCCGUACCAAGUCCAGUCUGAAGACGGUACUUCCUCGUUACACCCUAUUGCCAGCGAGUUGUACACCAAUCCUCCCAUAUCCUCGUUGAAGGCUUCAAUCGACAUUCUCGACCAUUACGGCAGUCGAGAUGCAUGGGAAGAUCUUCACACGGUGGACCGCCCAGAAGAUGACACUGAGGUCCCAUGCGAAUGCUGUGAUCGGAUGCCGUAUCGACCACCAGAAUCACUCGUUAUCCGUGCUACCUCUGAUGCUGGCGUGACCAUCGGAGAUAUCGUCUCGCAGGUAAACAAGUACAUGAAUGACUUGCGAGAGGAUGUCCUCGAGGCCUUGGAUGCUGUUGGAGAGUAUGCCGGUCAGAGAAGCCCGAAUCACUCAUUCUGGGUUGACUUCUGCGUCAACAACAUCGGUAUCGAAGAAGCACGGUCUCCGGAAGAAUUGAGAAAGGCUUGGAAAGAUCGUGCAGAUUCUAUGCGGGGCUUUCCUCCGGGGCAGAGGUAUCAAGAGAUGAAAAACCCUCUAGAAGGAUAA